AUGGCGGAUGUUCUCGAGAUUGGGAAUUUUCUGCAGGCAGACUCUCGAAUCACACGGCAAUUGUCUCCUGCAGAUGAAAAGACGCUGAGCUCGGACGAAACGAACGACACGAGCAAUCAAGAUGAAGAUCUACCUCGAGUUGCUGACCAAAUUCCCGUCUCGGCAUGGCUUGUCAUACUGAUCAGUACACUCGAGCGCUUCGCAUUCUUUGGGAUUCGUGAACCAUUCCGUGAGUGCAGGUGGCAUGUGAUCUUUAUCUUCCCGUCCAUUGACCUGAGGGCAGAAAAUUAUCUUCAGAAUCAGCGAGAUGAUCCUUUACGACCAGGCGCACUCGGAUUGGGCCAGAGCAAGGCUAGCAAUCUAUCAUACAUGUUUUCGUUUUUGCUGUACACCAUGCCGCUAUUCGCUAGCGUUGUUAUCGAUUGUUUCCUCGGGCGCUAUCGAGGGAUCCUUGUUUUCUUAUGCAUCUACGUAAGUGGGGCGUUCAUCUUGACCAUGACGUCCAUACCAUCAUCCUUGGACGCAGGCGCAGGUCUUCCAGGGUUCUUGGUCGGCAUCAUCCUCAUGAGUAUUGGCCUUGGGGGUGUGAAAUCAGGCGUCUCACCUUUGAUGGCCGAUCAGUACACCAAUUGGGAGGAAAAAGUCUUGGCCAAGCCCAACGGUAAGCGUGUCAUAAUUGAUCGUGACCUUAGUAUGGAUAAAAUAUAUCACGCAUACUAUUGGGCUGUAAAUAUCGGGGCAUUGUCUGCACUUGCCACAACUUACAUUGAGAAAGAUGUCGGAUUCUGGGCGGCAUAUCUGCUUCCUACUUGUGCCCUUUGCUUAUCGUUGCUCACGCUAGCCCUGUGUCGAAACAAGAUUGUCAAGCGUCCCCCAGGUGGGAAUAUCUUGCCCACAGCUUUUCGAAUCAUGUUGUGUGCAGCGAAAAACGGCUUCAACAUGGAUGCUGCACUGCGGCAAGGUCAAACGCAUGCAGCUGAGUGGGACGACAAGUUUGUGACAGACCUGCAGCGCGGACUCAUAGCAUGUCGUAUCUUUGCAUUCUACCCUAUCCUGUGGGUCUGUCAUCUACAGAUAAAUAAUAACCUCGUCUCCCAAGCGGCUCAAAUGGAAACCCACGGUCUCCCGAACGACUUUUUCCCGACAUUGAAUCCAAUCGCCGUGCUCAUCCUACUACCGCUAGUCACCAACGUGCUCUACCCCACUUUACGCAAGCUGCAUAUCGAGUUUCCGCCAGUCAACCGUAUGGCAGUUGGCUUCCUUAUAGAAGCCAUCGCAAUCGCCUAUUGCGCCGGUACCCAGCAGGUCAUUUAUACAAGAGGGCCAUGUUAUGAACACGCGUUAAAGUGUCCUGCGUCAGACGGGGGCAGAAUUCCGAACCGAGUUAGUGUUUGGCUCCAAGUACCGGUCUACGUCUUAGACGGGUUAGCAGAAGUAUUCUUCGACGUUGUGAGCCAAGAAUAUGCGUACAACAAAGCCCCGGACAAUGUCAGAAGCUCCGCUCCUUUUCGAUUUGAAACAUGUGCUGACAGUUAUCGCUCUCGUAAGAUGAAAUCGAUAGUUCAGGCCGUUUUAUCUUCUAUGUCAGGCGUUGGUGCAAUGCUGGGCUUCGCCUUGUACCCAGUUGCACGUAAUCCUCAUCUUGUCUGGAUGUACGCCGCUCUCGCAGCCGCUAUUGGCCUCGCAACGGUGGUGUUUUGGUUACUCUUUCGAAAGUAUAAUGCAGAAGAUGCGGAGCUCAACAAGCGGGAUGUCAGCAAUAACGGAGGCGGCUCGGUAGUAACGGACGAACGCAUGAAUCUGGGCAUGUGA